AAACCUACGCAGGGCGCGGGGACUGCUGGGAAGAUGGCGGGUGUGAGCAUGGCGGCUGUGGCGUCCUGGCUGCCAGCUCGGAGGUGGGGCAGGGCUAUCGUCUCCUUUGGUUUACCUCGUGGUCUCGGCACCUUACUAACACGGAAUCCCAACUGGGCGCCACGGUGGCUCCCAGCUUGCAGACAAAAGACAUCACUCUCUUUCCUUAAUCGACCAGACCUUCCCAGCCUGGCUUAUAGAAAGCUAAAAGGCAAAAGUCCAGGAAUUAUCUACAUCCCUGGCUAUCUUUCUAAUAUGAAUGGUACAAAAGCAUUGGCGAUUGAGGAAUUUUGCAAGUCGCUAGGUCACGCCUGUAUAAGAUUUGAUUACUCUGGAGUUGGAAAAUCAGAUGGGAACUUGCAAGAAUCCACAGUAGGAAAAUGGAGAAAAGAUGUCCUUUCUGUAAUUGAUCAUUUAGCUGAAGGCCCACAGAUACUAGUUGGAUCUAGUCUUGGUGGAUGGCUGAUGCUUCAUGCUGCAAUUGCACGGCCAGGAAAAGUGGUUGCCCUUAUUGGUAUUGCUACAGCUGUCGAUGGCCUAGUAACACAGUUUAAUCAACUUCCAGUUGAGGUGAAAAAAGAAAUUGAGUUAAAAGGUGUGUGGACCAUGCCAACAAAAUACAAUGAAGAAGGUUUUUACCACAUUCAGUAUAGUUUCAUUAAAGAAGCUGAACACCACUGCUUGUUGCAUAGCCCUAUUCCUGUGAACUGUCCUGUGAGAUUGCUGCAUGGCAUGAAGGAUGACAUCAUACCUUGGCAUACAUCCAUACAAAUUGCCGACAGGUUAAUCAGCACAGAUGUAGAUGUCAUCCUCAGAAAACACAGUGAACACCGAAUGAAAGAAAAAGCGGACAUUCAUCUUCUCGUGUGCACUAUUGAUGAUUUAAUUGACAAGCUUUCAGUUGUAGGUAUUUAGAAUCACAGUUUUAGUUGGCAUGUAAACUAGUGAGUCUGAAGAUUGGAAGAAGAAUAACCCAAAUACUUAGAAGUUUGUUCCUUCUUUCCUAUGUUUUAUCAAUAUCACAUAAGUAUUUAUUUAAUAAUGUAUGCACACAAGUGAUAUAAAUUGUUAAGAAAGCACCAACUGUUGUUUGAAAUUGUUUCUCUGUCAAUCCUUUCUUUAGUCUUUGUUAUCACAUAAAUGUGUUCUUUUUUCUUUUUACUCAAGAGAUACUUAGUUUUUGAUGUUUCUCUUAACUGCCAACCCAUAAUAGCACUCUUCUAUCUAGAAUUAUUAAUAAAACUUGAACUAUUUUUGUUUGAUAGAAGUCUAUAUGGAGAUUUGUAAAAUUACUUCUGACCUUAAAAGGCAAUUCAUGGUGUAUUGCACCAAAGUAAAGGACUUGGGUGGGUUGUGGGGAGGGUUCAGGUCCUGGAACAUGAUGUCAGAAGACAUAGUGGAGGUUGAAUUGUUAUGUGGAAACCUGAGAAAUGUUAUACAUGUACAAACUACUAUGUUUUAUUUUUUUUACUGUAUUUUAUUGUUGACUGUAAACCAUUACCCUCCCCCCAAUAAAAAAUGCAGUUCACAAGAUAA